AUGCCCGGAAAGCAUACACCCAUCCUUCCUCGGCGUACGGCCGACUUCCUACGCAUCGUCGUCGUAGGCGGCAGCAUCGCUGGCCUUGCGACUGCGUACGCCCUUCGCGAGUCUGGCCACCACGUCACUGUCCUCGAGCAGCGCAUCUCUCCUGCCGCAUAUACCCAGUCUAAAGGUGGUGUACGCUGCCCUCCGAAUAUGAGCCGCGUCUUCGACCAGUGGGGCCUUGGGCAUGCGAUCGAGCAGCUCGUCAUCAAAGCUGACAAGUUUACGUUCCUCGAGGGUCACUCAGGCGAUAAUCUCGGCUUACUUGUCCUCCACGAGAAGGUUAUGAAAGCUCUUGCGGCGGACUUCCAUUACAUCCAACAUGGAGCUCUUAUGAACUUUCUGUACACUCUCGCCGUUGAAGCAGGCGUCGAGUUCCACUUCAACUCGCGCGUCACGCACGUUGACCCGCAUGCACCCUCCGUCACCUGCAUUUCGCAUACAUACUCUCCGUCGUCGUCCCCACAAACAUACAUCGGGGACCUGAUCGUCGGCGCGGAUGGUCACAAUUCCGUCAUCCGUCCUGUAGUCGUCGGCCCUCAAGCAGAUCACGGCGUUCGUGAUAAACGUGUCUCCGUCAAUAUGGUCGUACCUUGCGCCGAAAUGCGCCAGCACCCUGACCUUGUUGAGCUGACGGAGAGUCCUGAGUGGACACUCUGGCUCGCAGACAACUGUGCCAUGCACGGCCUUCUCGUCGUCGACCCCGAGACGAAUGACCGAUCGUACGCGGUGGUGAUGCACGUUCCCGCGCCUGAUCCAUCCGAGCCAUCGUACUCGGACCCAGUAUUUGCACCCGGCUCGACGGACGGACGGUCGACACCGGUUGGUGGUGCGGCUGCGUGGAGCGGUAUCCCAGAAGGCUCCGGGCCCACUCAGCGUCACGGACGUAACAAGAGCGUUGCGUUUGAGGAAGGACGUAAGGAAUGGUGGGAGCAGGAGUCGUGGGAUGUGCGGUUCCCGGUGGACGAGGCAUUUUUGCUUGCGGACCGUUUUGAACCGAGAGCCCAAAAGCUGAUUCGCAUGGCAGAGUGGAUGAUACCCACAGUAUAUGAUAUCCACGAACCGUUCGACUCUUGGGUUCAUGAGGCUGGCAAGGUCGUUCUCGUUGGCGAAGCUGCGCACCCGUUGAUGCCUAAUGGCUCGCACAACGCCUCCAUGGCCAUUGAAGACGCGCUCACGCUCUCUACCCUCCUUUCCCUGCCCUUGCCAAAAAGCACAACGCCCCUCCUACUCGAGACAUACGAAGAACUGCGCUCCCCACGCGUAGCGACCGUGCAGCUCUCGGAGCGGCGCAAGCGUGACUUUAUCUGCAUACCGUCGCCAUCGCCCUUGCAACAGAUGCGUGACGUGGGUCUGCGCGAGGCGAAGCAGAAGGCGCUGCUCGACUGGGACGACGCUGAUGAGGAGGGCCUGCGGGCGACCUGGGAGGAGUAUCUGGACGUAUUUGGGUGGAACUGCUGGGAGGGCGUUGGCGGGUGGUGGGUUGUGUGGGGCGCGGCUGCUGCGGCGCGGGCCAAUGGUGCGGACAGGUACGAGGAGUAUGCGGAUGGGAAUGACGGUCAGGGGGUAUUUGGUCUCGGAAAGAUGGAGAUCAACGUGGUGAGCCGGAACGCCAUCGUUGCGUGAGUGUAGUCGGCGGUGGUAGAAGAUACCCUCUUGGAUGGUGUCUUGCUGCGUACAGCCAUCACACGAACACACUGCAACCGCUUGCGUCAACUUCGUCUUAUGGAUUUCUUGUAUUGCUGUUGUUGUUGCUCUCUAUGCUGUCUUCCUUGCAUCUGCGAUCUAUGUUCGCCUCAUCAUAUCCCUUUCUACCCGCGGACUCGAACAUCUCUACACGCUCAUCCGUAUAUCACCUGUCACGCACUCGUCGCAUCGCCUCGCAUUGCACCACUUCACAUCGGCAUUUGUAUAUAUCACGUCCUUGUUUAUCGUUUCUUCCCCUGGAAACCCUCGUUGGCAUAUGACUGUUUUUUCUUGCUUUCCGCUUUUGUCAUGUUUAAGAUCACCCUUCUUUAUGACCCUUUUACGACGACUUCAUGUCAUUCAUACCUGUAUACCUUUAGAC